GCUGGUUUGAGAGAUAAUAGUUUGACCCGCCACCACAACAAACAGACGCCAUAUUGUUUGUUUACCGCCAUGAGGCUGGACGAGGCCGCUUCCUUCUCUUCUUCCUGCAGGAAGCGGAAAAGAGAGUGCGAGGGAUACGACAACAGAGCGAAGCGGCCACUAGUGCAGCCCAAUGCAGUAGUCGACGUGGAUGUGCUCCAGGCAAGGACUCAGCCCAACCGCAUCUCCUCAUACCCUUACCUUCAGGGCGUGAGCCGACGGGUGAACCAUGCCGUGAGGUACCCGGUGAACUGUGACCCCGUGGAUGGCGUGUCUCCCAACCUCCAUGCCAUGCAGGUGUACCGCACAGCCUGUGCCCGCUGUCUGCAGGGAGAGCCUGGCCACUUCCGACACAUCCUUGAGAAGUAGCUGCCCACACCUUACCAUCAGAAUCACUCGUACCUGCACUAUGUUAGGACCCUGAGGUGAACCAACAGCCGCACCAAGGGUCACAGGCUGCAUAAGGAAGAGCAGCACGUCAUUACAGGCAGCAGAGAUUUGGUUCACUGGCAGCCAUGAUGGAGAGGAGCAGAGGGAGGGCACCACAAGGCUGUCCUGCCCCACCCCCUCCCCUUCUGUUUGUUUGACUUUUCUUUCCCAUGCUGUAAUUGAUCAUGCAUCCUUUAUUUAAACAUCUGUGAAAAACUUUACAAUUAUACUGUAGGACUUUGCAGGGAAUCUGCUUUGUCCAGCCAUUUAUUUGUGUGCGUGGCUGAGCAAGGCAGUAAGGUGGGGCAGUGUGUGUGUGUGUGUGUGUGUGUGUGUGUGUGUGUGUGUGUGUGUGUGUGUGUGUGCUUAUAGAUGUGUAGGUGAUGUAAACCUUUAACAAAAGAGGCAGUCACAAAGGCACUGAUGAGUUACGGAAAAAAAAAAGAAGAUAAAGGAAUAGGGAAAAAGCAGUGUGUGUAAAUGUUUCUUGGAUUUGAGCACAUUCAGUCACUAAAUAGUCUCUUCAGAAAUGUAUGUAUGUAUGUAUGUAGCAUACAGGCAUGUGCAUGUGUACACACUUGCCACCUUUCCCAAGCAUGUCCAGAAACAAUGUACAAAAUGACAGGACAAAGUAAUGACAGAUUUAGUCUUUAGGCAACACUCCCAGGAACAUAGAAAGCAAGUGGUAGUUUUGUACAGUUAUCCUGACUGAUAUUGUUGGGUUCACAAAUUUAGUCUUUUCAGUCUGGCAGUUUUAGGAACUUGGAACAGGUGAGCAUGUGUUUUUAUGCUUCAACAGUUAAUGGAUGAGAUGCCGUGCCACCCGCCCUCCCCCUACACUCACUAAUCAGAUUCUCUUGCCCGACUUGCUGCCAUCAGUGAUGUCAGGCAACUCCCCUUGCAUCUCAAUUGGGCAGCUUAGUGUCUUGUGAAGCUUUUCUAGGUCAGGAUUUAUAUAAAUUGACCUGUGUGUGUGUGUGUGUGUGUGUGUGUGUGUGUGUGUGUGUGUGUGUGUGUGUGUGGGAACUGUGCUGUAUUUAUAUAGAUUUGCACAAAAAAGCUGUUUAAAUCCUCCAGGCAGUUUGAAGGUUUUAACAAGACUGACAUCUUAAGGAGUCUUUCACUGAAGGCAAGUAGUUUCCACAAUAAGAUACAAUAACUUUUAGCAAGCAUUGUCUUGAAUGAGGGAAAGUAUCAUGUGACUGACAAUUGUUUAAGCAUCUGUUUGCCUCUUGUGAAAGAGCCCAAAGAUUACAUGAUUAUGAUAAUGAUUAAAUUAUUAUUAAUUAUAUAUAUUUGACCUGUAACCUGAUCUUGUCUUUAGAACCUGUAGCUAUGAAUUCAUGUGAGGUAUAAUAAUGCUGUCAUUGCAUUGUGAGAAUCCAAGAUUUUCUGCCAACAGUAUUGGUUUUCAUUCUCAGGUUGCAAUGUGGCAUGUGUGGUGAGUGUCAGGUUAAGGAAGUAAGAGAGUACAUUCAUGUUUUACUUGUCUAGACAUGUGACUGUUUUUACACAUACUAUUUGUCCCUUUGCUGUUUAGGAAUUCAGGGGCAGAGUUGUAAUAUGGUCAAAAAUUGUACAGAGGAGCAUGUUCUGGUCUGAAAGCUUUUGUAAAUCUCUUUUAACAUUGUUGUUUUUCUGUCAAGGACAAUUCUGCCAAUUUGUUGAAGGGUAAAACAGAAGGAAAAACAUGCACUCGUACUCAAAGGUUUGGUGUGUCAUGGUAGUUUGUGAAUUGGAAGACAACACAGUAUUAUUGUAAACUUCCUUGGAUGUUUUGUUCACAUGGAAAAAAGUAAGAGUGAAUCUUGGACAGUAUACAGUGCCUGAAAACAUUUGAUAUCAGCCAUCUAGUACAGGAUUUGCCAUGCUGAGAUGCUUGUGGUUAGUGAAUGAGUGAAGGUGAAACUGGUGCUUUGUGUGUUGUGCUGUGGCUGCCAUUCUGUAGCAGUAGUGGUGUGUGUUGAGGAUCACAAAGAAGCAACAGUGACUGGGUUGGGGAUGGGACACUGUAACCACUUGAAAAGUGUGUUGACAUGCAGAACAUUGGCCAUGCGUGAGGAGACUCAGUGAAAUGGGUGUACUUUCUGUAUUGGCACUUGUAUAUUAUAGUUUAAUUGUACACAUACACAUAACAUUAUUAAAUUAAGCAUUACAUAACAUGAGAUACAAAAAUUGUAACAUGAAGAUACCUCAAGUUCAUUUCAAACAGCAGAAGCAACAUUACUUCAAUAGAUGAACAACUCUCCCCAGAUUCAGAAUGUACACAGUACAUUGUAGUACUACAUGCAAACCAAACUCUGUAUCACAAUUUGUACAUUUCUUACAAGAAUAUAAGCAAUACAAAUUCACCUUCCCUUGCCCACUCAUGGUAGAUGUAAGAGAUUUAAGUGUUUUGGCUUGUAAUCUCCCUUCUACCCUUUCCCAACUAACAAAGCAUCCCUCUAAUCAUCCACACUUCUCACCUCUCAAACUUUUCUCAAAUAUACCAGUCUACAUUCA